AUGGAUCAACGGAUGCAUGCACAGGCUUUCGCUGGCUUCGAACAGACUACUCAGGAACCACAAUCCUGGUCACAACCACAACGACAUGCUAUGGGCAAUGGACACGGAAAUGUACCUGUUAUGCCUUCACCUAUUCCAAACAUAGCAAUGCAUACUGGUAACUUCAAUAAUGACAUUCCUUAUGGGCAAACUAGCAGAGUAAUACCAGGCACGGGCUUCACUUCCUUAAACAUGACUCCUUCUCACUUUCCCUUACAGAACACCAAUCAACAGCAAUUGCCAUUACCAUUAGUUAAUGACAUAGACAGAAAUAUUGCACCAUCAUUUCGUUUUGGUUCCAUUUCACCAACAUCUUUUAUCUCAAAUAAUAACAAUAGUAGUAAUAGUAGCACAGCCACUACUACCAAUAAUACAAAUACUCCCUCAUCACCAUUUGGGUUCCCUAAAAAGAGAGGAACAAGAGCUUGUGAUUACUGUAGGAAAAGGAAAAUAAAGUGUUCCGCCGUUGACCCCAAAACAAAGAAAUGUCCCAACUGUGAUAAAAACAAUAUGAAAUGUACUUUCAAAUUCCACAUGGAAUUAGAAAAGAAGAAGAGGUUAAAAGAUGCUGAAUUCUACGAUGACGGUACAAUAGAUUUUUCAGAUCAAGGAAUAGAGUCAUUCUCAUCAAUGAUGAUGACGAAUGACCAAAUUGGACACUUACUGGAUGAACUGAAAGAGUAUAGGAGGAAAAAUGAACAAAGUAAUGCAGCUGUUGAUAUGCUGGAUAGGAAACUUCACAUAUUUAAAACAUAUUCGACGAAAAUAAGAUCCGCAUUCCAAGACUAUGUAAAGAAGAACCAUGAGACAGAAAGUGUAGACAGAAAACAUUUACUCCUACCUAAAAGGAAAAGAUAUUCCACUAAGGUAUUAUCAACUAGAUACGUAUAUUUAGUUAAGGGGAAACUGCAACCAUCAAUGAAUAAAGAUGAGUUCUUUCUACCUAUAACGAAACUUUUUGAUAUGACGUCCAAAUGGUACGUUUUACAGUUGAAAAAAUUUAUUGAUUACUCAAGAUUUUGCCCACAUGAUGAUGAUACUGGUAUACAGUUGGUAUUCCCACUUCCAGAAAAGGCAAAAACAAUACGGCUGUUGGAAUAUUUAUCUUCUUCAUCAUUGUACUUACCAAUACUGUCCAUCAAUUCAGAUAAGUGUAAAUCACUUAUUGAGAAGUAUUAUAAUUUCGAGGAAUCAAAUCUUACUAUUGAAGAAUCAUUUCUCCUAAACGUUUGUUUAUGCAACGGUGUUACUGCUGCAAGAGAAGUAUCUUCCACGGAAUGUUAUCGGUUGAGAAAAGAUAAUAAUUGCCCUUUAAAGGAUGAAGUAUUUCGAAUUGAAACUCAAUGUUUUUUAAACGCGAUAUCUUACUAUCAUCAAUAUUACAGUUGUUCAUAUAAUUCGAUUUCCAUGCAAUCUCUUAGAUCACUCUUAAUGUUUGUGGAAUAUAUACGAAUUAAUAUGAGUUUUGAAUUGGCAGCCCCAUUUUUAUUUACGGCGAUCAAUAUAGCUGUUCGAUUGGGUCUCAAUUCAGAAUCUUAUUAUAAAAAUAUGAAUUUAGAAUCGUUCCAAGAGGCCAGAAUGCUAUGGGAUUAUUGUCGUAGACUGGACAAUUUAUUCGCAUUCGCUUUAACUAAGAAUCCUGUCAUUGGACAUGAUUGGUUCAAUAUUUCAGAUGAAGAAUAUUACCUCAAAAUAUUCAAAAUCAUAUCAUCUCAUUCUUCAUCCUCCGCAUCAAAAAGAGCACUCGAGGUAACCGCUAAGGACGAUGAUGAUGAUGAUGAUGGAACUCAAAUAACACAACUGAUUAAAAUCAUUGCUAAUGACCCGAGUAAUGUUUCUAUAGUCUUAGAUUAUUAUAUGUCAAGGCUUAUAGAGAUAGAAUCGAACAUAAACAAAGUUUGUUUUGCCUUAAAAAGUUGUCAUAAUAAACCAUUUGAUGAAAUUUUGGAUAAUGUUUGUAAAUUGAACGACGAUCUUAAGCAAUGGCAAGAAAAUUUACAUCCAUAUAUGAAAAUUGAAUGUUACGAGAAAUAUUUGUCAUUAUUGUUCUCACAAGAAUCGUUAACGGAUACUACGAAAGCGUUUGAAUUUACUAGUUGUUACGUUUUAAGAUGUAACUUCCAAUUACUAUAUCUGAAAAUAAUUUUAGGUUCAUUUGCUGUUAAUUUUUUAAAUGAUAAUAAAAAUCUGUUUGAGCAUUCGCUAGGUUAUAAUAUUCCUGAAUUUCUUCAAAAAGCUACAGAUUCCAUUAAGGAUUCUAGCAUAGAAAUGUUGAGAUUAUUCUUAAAGACCGAUUUUCAAACAUACAUUUACAGAGAGAUAUUAUAUUAUCUACUUACUGGGAUAUUUUCACUAUUGUUCCAUGCUAUCAAAAAUAUAGACGAUCCUGACAAAUUAGAUAUAGUAUAUGUAAUUGAAUUGUUGGAGAAAUGCCAUGUCCAUCUUCUUGGAGAAGGAGAGGAACUUUUAGAGUGUCGCAACAUAAAUUGGACUACAGCUUUGGCAUUUUUCACGUUUCUGAUGAAUCUCGUUAGCAGUUAUUUCACCGAAAAAAAUCCUCAAUUCAAUAAUGUAUUCAAUUACAAUAGUAAUUACUAUUCAACCUUUUUAGAGAAAUUAAUUAAUAUCUGCAAUAAUAUUGGAAUGGAGAACUCCCAGAUCCUAUCCAAAUGUUUGAAACCCAAGAAUGCGAAUGAUGACGAGAGAAAACUUGAUAUCUUUAAAGACAUACAAAAUUCAACAUUACCUGAUUUCAAGAAGUACCUUUCGGCAGAUGAUACACCGCAAAAACAGGAAUAUGGUUAUAGAUUUUUGGAUAGUACGUUCUUUUACGAUCGUGAUUUCAAACUUCAAGAUUUGUUACAAAAAAACGAUUACCAUUAUGCAAAUCUUAUAUGA